UUGUUAUCCUGAAAAAUGUACAACAUAUGGAGACUUGCUUUAGCACAGUGACAGGGGUAGUUUAUGUUUCAGUCACACCAACAAAGCAGAUUCCAAACCGACCUGUGGAAUAUCAUUGGUAAUAACCCAAUAGAUCGUCUGGCCUGGGGUCGGUUUUGUCGAUAUGACUGUGGCAUUGGGUGGGUCAUAUAUUAUUUUUCAAUGAAUAUGCUGAUUUGUAGAUUAGUGCAAACAAUCACUUGUGUGAACACAACUUAAUUCAACUGACAUUGUAUAGGGCUUGAGUGUAUUUAUUGAGAGAGAAAACUAGGACAUGACUGUGGGUGAAUUAACCCCAAUUAGCACAAAACACUGAACAGGUAAUAGUAGAGUGCCUAACAUGCUUGUCAGGAUGGUGGCCAUGAAUUAGGUUCUAUGUCUGAUGUAAUAGGGUAAUGAAGCCCAUUAUCUCAUUACACCCCAAACCACAAAGCACACAUUAGUAGCACUGAGAGAUAGAGGGCUGAUAACAGGAAGAAAACCAAUGUGAUUAGGGAAGGAUCACUGCAUUUGAAGUGUACAUUUUGUACAAUCCAUGCUCUCCCUAUGCUGCCUUGCAGUAAGCCGGUGAAGCAAUCAGGGUACUUGCUGGUUUGGUGUUUGCAGAGCAGAGGCAGUGCAUUGGUAGCAGCAGUGUUCAGUAGUGACUUGGUUGAGAAAUGCACUGGAUAGAAAUUGAAUGGGAAUGAUGUCAGUCGGUUUAAAGACUACAUGUAUGUUAAGUGGGAAUAGGUCCCCCAAGGAUUAGGUUUCAUCUGACGAGACUUCAGCUGGUAGUCGUGAGAGGUGGGGUUUUCAUUCUGCCUGGUUACGUGCUGCGGCCAAGCCGAGACAGGAUUGCCCUGGAUUGAAGUGGGAGCAGAGAUCUUGUGUGGCUGUCAGGAAUUGUUUUCAUACAUGUAUCAAACCGAGGGGGGAAAAUACCUGCCCUGGAUGCGGAAUGCGUCUGGUGCUUCCUCGCUGUUAGUCCCUACCCGUGUGAUGUGAUAUUGCCUAGACGGUUUUAUAUUACAACGUGUUGUCGCGACAAGAUAUGCUUCAUUCAAAGUUAAAUAUUAGCACAAUAAACCUAGCCUGAAUACGCUUUCCUUCAGGAUUGUGCAGUGUAAAAAUCACUCAUGUGCUCUGUUAUAUGUUUGUAGAAAAAUGAUAAUCGACGUGUUUACAGUGCAAUAAAACCAACUAUCUAUGCCAUUUGUCCGAGCGUUUUUGUCUUUCGUCAGUGGGUUUGCGUCAUCCAAACAAAUUACCCCUCUUGCUUCUUAAGAAGUGUGAUAGAACUGAGGAAACCACAGAGUGGGCAAAACUCCGUCAUACUGUAUUGACGCACCAUCUAUCGGGGGAAUCAUUUUGCAGUACGAUAAUAAAAGAAACAUAGGUGUGGAUUCUGACUAUCUACUUUCCUUAAUGUGGUGGUGGUAAUGACCAGCUGUGGGAGAAUUAAGCUUUCUUUUGUUGUCAUUCUGAUGUGAGCGUAAGUCUCCUCAGCUCUGCCAGAAGGUGCUUCGUCCGUCCGUAGGGAGAAGACUCGUCGUCGCUCCUCCAUCAGUCUGCCAAGUGUCAUCUCUCGAGGUGGAGGAUUGAACAACGUGUGCGUGCGUGUGUGUCUUGUGUGUCCGCAUCAUUAUGUCUCUGGUAUCUCACAGCCAGUGACAGCGAAGCAACUCACACUGUUUACCAUGUGUUUCAUACUAGCUUCCUUGCUGACUCUGAGACAGACGUAGGAAACAUGACAUCUCUCUUGCAUCUCUUAAAGCCAUCUCAAUCUGGCUUGUGUCCCUACUUUAGGGAAUAGGCCAGGAACGCUUUGUGUUAUUGACUCAAAUAGAGGGGCAUUGCUUCAGGGUAUUAUAUUUUCCAACUGCAGUACAUUUUAAACAUGAACAAAAUGAUUUCCAAUACGGAAUGCGAUGUGGUCAUGUCAUUGGUCCAGCGUCGGCCGCGGGCUCGAGCCCCAUGUCACAUCACCAUUGUGUCUGAUAGCGAGGAUUGUGAUAGACUGAACCUUGAUGCACAGAGCCCGAAACCAAAGAGUGCUGGAUUCGCUACAUCCUUACCCCGUGGUUUCAAGUUAGCCCGCCCUCUCUCUAUUGACGAGAGUCGCUAUGUCAGGCGUGGUAGUCUUGGGGCAGCGAUGAUGGGACCGUUCCACCUGAGCGUAGGGAGUUCCACCGGCUAUCAGUCUAGUACGACCAAUGCGUUGACUCUAGGAGGGGACUCUGGGAGUAAUCUUACCAGAAUGAGGCCUCUUCUUGGACAGUCUGCACCUUCACUGUCAGCCAGUCUGGGAAUGAAAAGAUAUUCGUUUCCCCCUUCCAAUCGUCAGAUGAGGAAGGAGAUGUCUCUGGUACGAAGAGGGAGGUAA